AUCACGCUGUAUGGUCAAAAUCUGGACGUAGGCUCAAGUGUGCAGGUGCAAAUUGGAAACGUUCCUUGCAAUGAUGUCCUGCGCAACUCAAGCUCAUCGCUAUCUUGUGUCAUCUCCCGCGCAACCGCACCAUCAAAACUGGCCGAAGUCAUCGUAUCCAUCGACAACGCCACUAUGAAGGUGCCAGGAUCGUUUGAGUUUCGCCCCGAUCCGACCGUGGCGUCCGUCUACCCGCUUGUCAGCUUUAAAUCCGGUGGAAGAAUGGUUACAGUUGAGGGUACGAAUUUCGAUGCGGUGCUGACGGCCCGUAUGUUCUUUGUGUCGUCCACUUCACCUCCGUUUGAGAUCGUCUCGAAGCUGUCCAAUUGCCAGAUCCAGAACGCAACAUUCAUGUUCUGCCUCACACCGCAGUUGCUUGCUGGACCACACUCCAGGUCAUCCUACUCGAAGCUGCUCGUCAAUAAAAAAUCGGAUAGCCCUUCCAGAUUUCCUUUGGGAUUUGCGAUGGACAAUGUGACGUUGGUUCGUAAUCUCGGUCAUCGGAUUCAGAUGCGAAUCGUUCCCGAUCCCCAAUUCGCUCCUUUCAAAGCUAUGUACUACACAGCAUUCGCUUCAGGAAUCCGCAUACAUCAAGGAGAUCAGCCUCUGAUCCUUGACGGAAGUCACCUGAACGAGGCCGCUGAACCUCAGGACUACAAGAUUUUCGUCGGUUCGGAGAGAUGCUAUGUGACUUUGGUCGACUCGAGGCAGUUGGUGUGUAAUGGACCUACAGCUCAACCGGAGCCCACGGAUGAACGUGGUCAACCGAUUGUCGGUGGUCUACCACUGGUCUCCGUUACCGUUGGACGACUUCGAACAGAGCUGGGGCUCAUCGAAUAUGUGGAUCCAAUUGCCACUCUUCGCCUAUGGGUUCUGGUUGUGACAGCCCUUGCAGCGUUGUGCUCCUUGUUAGUGCUGCUCGCGUUCCUUUGGAAGAAACGUCGAGCGGAACGCGAACGCGACUACAGGAAAAUACAGAUGCAAAUGGAGCAUCUUGAGAGCAACGUGCGGAAAGAGUGCAAGCAGGCUUUCGCUGAGCUGCAAACCUCUAUGGAAAGCUGUGGAGACGAUGACUAUGAAGGUACCGAUGUCACAACGUUACUCGAGUUUAUACACCGUCUUUUGUGGGAGGAUAAUGGCUGGACACAUUCACCGUCACUCUAUGCGUCCACUCUGCCAGUUACUCUAGCCCAGUUUGAUGCCUUACUAAGCUGUAAACAGUUUGUGUUUUCGAUCGUGGAAACGGCGGAGUCAGAAUCGGGUAUGUCAUUGAGCGAGAGGUCGAUGCUCUCCUCACUGUUGAUCGCCGUACUGUUACGCAACUUCCAGUACUGUACCGAUGUCGUGUUAUCGCUUCUGAGGGCUCAUAUCGCCAAAAGUGUUCAUGCCGGCACUAGUGAUAUGCUGUUUCGCAAAAGCGACAGCGUUGUGGAGAAAAUGGUGUCGAAAUGGUUGGCGAUUUGUCUCUAUGAUUCGAUAUCCCAAUAUCAAGCACAUAAGUACAGCACUUUAUUCAAGGCCUUAAAAUACCAAACUGAAAGAGGUCCUGUGGAUGCUGUCACUGGAAAUGCUCGAUACACGAUUAAUGAGGCAAAACUGCUGCGGAGACGUCGACCCUUCUUCUCAGUGACUGCCUGUGAUGACACUUGA